AUGGCUUCUUCCAAAAAACUGGCAUCCUGCAUUUCUUCCAUUGCUUCUUCUUUCUAUUUCUUUCUCAUUUUCUUCCAAGUCCCUCUUUUCAGGGUGCAAUGUAGAAAUGGAAUUUGCACAACACCUAUAGAGGUGACAGCUUCUCAGUCAAUUGCCAAUGAAGUCUUCCCUGAAUAUAUAAUUAGGACUCUUCUUUAUCCGGGGGCCUUUGCCAAUGCUAUCCUGAAGGGUUCAACCAUUCCAAGCUACAACAAAUUGCUCAACUUGUAUCACUUCACCAAUCUCAACAAUGCCUCUGUUGAAACCGAUAUCCAGUGCCUUGAGAUUCUAGCGGGAAGCUACUUGUCUGUGGCAGGAGCCCUUUUAGGUCCUUUAAGGGCAGGGAAAAUGAGCCUGUUCGGGACGCUUAUUACAUUAUGGGGCCUUGUAAAAGAAGUGAGCAGUGUCCAAAACCCUGAUGGCUUAAGCACCCGAAAAGUUGGUUAUAUCUACCCAACUAUGUUAAUAGCUGUGCUUUGUGCUUUCUUGUCUAUAAGAAGAGAUUUGAGAAAAAUAAUUCAGUGUUGCAGAGCUAGCAGGCCAAUUGCAAACUCUAAGCAUUGAGGUACAACUGGAUAAAUCAUAGGAAGCAUUUAAGUAGAAAAAUGUCAUGAGAUAUAUAUGCUGUUGUUGCAUAUAAGCUUUGAUUUUAGAUUCAAAAUUAAUUUUUUUGAUAGUCAAUAUAAAUUUCUUUAAAAUUCUUUGUGGGCAUUCUUAUAACCUCUAUGAUUAUUAUUUUUUAAGUUAAAUGAGUCAUAGAACAAUUUUUAUUUUGAAUUAAAGAUGAAGUGACUUACUAACUUUUGUAACCAUUGUUAAUACAUGUAAUAUUACAUUCUUGCAACAUGUC